GCUACUGACUGGACUGAACGAGCAAAGUUUCUGUCGCUAGCGAGAUGCGGGUGAUGAUACCUGAAACAUACAGUAGGAUGAGGAAGUAAAUGUUUGAAGAGUCUUACGAGGAUUUAUUGCACAUUAGAAUGCAACCGAGAAUUUGUGCUCUUGGCUCUUGCAAUCUGUUCCUUUCGAAGGUGGAGUUGUGACCCAUCCAAGUCUACCUACUAGCUUCAAUGCGACAAUUCACAGAAGAGGAGACCUCUCAUGGGCAUAAAUACACCGGGCGGUAUCAACUGAGCCCAGGUUGUGUUAUCCAUCGUUAAGAGAUAUGGCUGAGCUGCGGCGUAGAAAAGUUGUGGGUGAGAAAGAACAUCCAAACGGUGAAGUUGACUCGCAGCACACAAACUCAGAUUCUUGCCCUGAGGAUGAGUCGGGAAACGACCAAACGACCAGUCCAGACCCAGUGUCAGAUACAGAUACAGCUCCAAAAUCAGACACAGUUCCAGAAUCAGACACCAUUCUGGAAGAUAAAGUUGACUCCUCCCCAGAUGGCACUGAGGAGGAGGAGAACGAGAAGCAGGAGAUGGAGACCACCUCCCCUACCAAGAGACCCAGCAGCAGAUCUGUCAUUCUUCAGCGGCUGGUGAAGGUAUUCUUUGGUUGCCUGGCAGCUGUGACCUGUGGUAUGAUGUACGCUGUGUACCUCUCCACCUACCAUGAGAGAAAAUUCUGGUUUUCCACCCGACAGGAGGUGGAGCGAGAACUGACGUUCCAGGGUGGUAGUGCAAUGUACUAUUACUACUACAAACACAUGCUGUCCGCCCCCUCCUUUGAGAAAGGUGUGUAUGAUCUGCUGCAGGACAACAGGACCGUGUCUGGUCAGACCAUCAACGCUGUAGAGCAGCUCUCCCUCUACCCAGAGCUCAUCACCAGCCUACUCUACAAGCUCACUGGGAGUCAGGAUGUGAUUGAGCCGGUGUACUUCUACAUCGGGGUGGUGUUCGGGCUGCAGGCGGUGUACGUCACAGCCCUGUUCGUCUCCAGCUGGGUCAUGAGUGGCACCUGGGUGGCCGGCAUGCUGGCCGUGGCCUGGUACAUCAUCAACAGACCGGACACCACUAAGGUGGACUACGCCAUCCCUUUGAGAGAAAACUGGGCCCUGCCGUACUUCUCCUGCCAGGUGGCCGCUCUCACCGGCUUCCUCAGCAACAACAUCAGCUCCGCCGCAGAGAUGUUCUGUUAUCUCCUGAUGAGUGUGACGACCUUCACGUUUCUGGCGGUGUGGGAGCAGAGCCACUACGUGCUGUUCGUGCAGGGCCUCGCUCUCUUCCUGCUCGACUGCUUCGACCUUGUGCAGCCACGCAAGAUGGCGGACAUCCAUAAGGUGUACCUGAGCUCCCUGCUGCUGGCCUAUCUACUGCAGCAUCAGAAGAGCGACCUCCUCAGCUGCCCGCUGCUCUGUCUGCUCAUGGCAACCCUGCUGGCCAGGUACUUCCAGAAGAACAUGAAGAUGGGCCCUUUAGUGGCUCGACUGCUCAAGAUCCUCCUGCACUUCUACCUGGUCUUCACCACCGCCAUUACCUUCAACUACGUCGUGAAGAAAAUUCUUCAUGUCAAUGAGAAUGACUUCGCACUGAAGUUCCUGCAGGUGAAGUUUGGACUCAACUCAACGAUAGAUUUCAUCACCAAUCUGCUGCUGUGUCAGGACGCUUUCCUGGCGCCCACCCAGGACCUCUUCCUGCGUCUGACCCACGCCUCCGUGCUCCCCUUCUACCUGCUGGUGCUGCUGGUGUGCCUGCUCUCCACCCUGAACACCAUCUACAGAAGACUCAGUGGUGAGCCGAUGAAUCUGAACCUGCGUCUUGAAGACGGACGGAUCGGGGAGCAGCCUGAGGUCUCCUAUCACGUCUUUCACACCUUGCUCUUCGGCGCGCUCACCAUGGUGUUCGAAGGGUUGAAGUACCUGUGGACACCUUAUGUGUGUAUGUUCACAGCGUUUGGGGUUUGUUCCCCUGAGCUGUGGAUGACCAUCUUCAAGUGGCUUAGGCUCAAAUCUGUCCACCCUGUGGUGCUGGCUUUAAUUCUUAGCACAGCUGUUCCUACCAUCAUUGGCUUCAGUCUGUGGAGAGAGUAUUUUCCACGGGUCCUGUCAGAACUCUCUGAGCUGCAGGAAUUCUAUGACCCAGACACAGUGGAGCUCAUGAACUGGAUCAAGUCCCAGGUCCCCACCGCUGCGGUGUUUGCGGGCAGUCCUCAGCUCUUGGGGAUGGUGAAGUGUUCUGGCCUCACUGUGACCAGUCUACCUCUCUACACCGACAUCAGCCUGCUGAGGAGGAGUGAGAGUACAUAUCAGGUGUACGCCAUGAGGUCCGCAGAAGACGUCUACAAGCUGCUGAUGGCUCACAAGAGCAGCUACGUCAUCAUCGAAGAGUCUCUGUGCAACGAGAUGAGCCCCAUCAAGGGCUGUCGCGUCAAGGAUCUGCUGGACUACUCCAACGGCCAUGUGGUUUAUGACAAAGGGGAGAUGUACGCCUUCUCCAAACAUGGACGCUUUUGUCACGAGAUCAAAAUGAACUACUCUCCGUACACCAACUACUUCACGCGUGUCUUCUGGAACCGGUCGUACCACGUCUACAAGGUCAACUCCGUCAUCUCGUUUCAGUACUGACCACUGACGUGUGCAUCAGUCUCAUCCGUCUCCCUCCCUCUCAUCUCUGCAAGUCCUCCAUCUCUACUAGUAACCUCGGAAACAAGAGGCGGACGGAUGACCAAAGGCACGGUUUUUGUGUUUCAGACUCUUUGGGGAGAGAGCACAGUCUCAGUCAAUGUCCAUGUUCUACGUCUGAUCAGGUCAAAAGAGAAAGGAAUCUCUGUUUGUCACACGAGUAAAAUGGCACACAGAGGAGCUACAGUCGUUCAGUGGUGAAGAUGAAUGGUGUUUAAAGAUGGAGGGAAAAGACUUGCAUGGAGUGGUGUUGUGGAAAUACCACUCUAUAAGUGUCUUUUGGUGUGUGUGUGUGUGUGUGUGUGUGUGUGUGUGUGUGUCUGUGUGUGUGUCUGUGUCUGUGUCUGUGUCUGUGUCUGUGUCUGUGUCUGUGUCUGUGUCUGUGUCUGUGUCUGUGUCUGUGUCUGUGUCUGUGUCUGUGUCUGUGUGGAGAGAGGUUACUGUCCAUUGUCUCAAUCUCAUCUAUUCUUAUAUGGUGUAUGUGUGUGUGUGUGUGUGUGUGUGUGUGUUUAUUUUUUAUUAUUAUUUCUGAUUUUUGUUGUUUGUUUUGUUUUGUGCUUCCUUUUUUUGUAUGUGUGUAAAAUGGUACACUAGUGGCAAGUGUCUCCAUCAUGAGUUUACCACCCUAACUAGUGUGCCAGAUCUCCAUGGGUGCCGUUAUCCGUGAUCCACCAAUGAUUUGUGAGUGAGCCUUAAAUGAGAUAUGACUUUCUCAUGUUACAUUUGUUGAGCAUAGUUUGUAUUAAUGUUCCUGUGUGCCUGAAUGUGCAUCUCUCUGUUCCUCUUUCUCUGCGUGUCUGUCUGUCUGUCUGUCUGUCUGUCUGUCUGUCUGUGUUUGCGUGCAUGUCUGUCUGUCUGUCUGUCUUUGUUCUCUUUCACUUUGACCCUCAUUGAGUUAGCUGGGGUCUAAGUGAAAUUGAGGGGGAAUCCCUCUCAGAUUGCCUAUUGAGUAGCACAGACUGGUUCUGAGGCUACUGAGUCUCGCUGAUGACCAUGCCUAAUGAUUAUUACUAUGCCUUUCAAUGUGUAGGGGAGAGUUUUUAAGGACAUUAAAAUGCACAAAGCUACACUCACAUGUGGUAUGGACUAGGGGAAAAAAGAUCAUACCCCCCUCUUACUUAAUGGGCUAACAAUGUCUCAAAGUAUAUACAAACAACUUAAGUCUGUAACUCUUUAGACGGUUGUAUUUUAUUGGUUUUGAAUAGUCUGUUUCUGUAUGUGUAUCAAGGAAGUAAAGGCUUUAAGUACAGAUAUGUGUUCUAUGCCAUACGUGUAAAACCAAGGGUAAUUUAACAGUUAAAGUACUGAAAUGAUGUAGUUUCUGUAUGUUGACCUUCCUGCAGCUCAGUCCCUGUAUUAUUUAAUUAGAGCCCCUAUACUUAAAAUGGGGAAGGAAGCUCUGGGAAGAUCACUUAAGGUCAUUAAUGUUAUAGAAAAAGGAAAUAGCAGCCAUGUUAUUGGUCAGUUAGUACACCCAUAUGUCUCCAUGUGUCACUCUGCAUACCCUGCCCAAGGCAGGUAACCUGGUGAGUAGGCAACCUUCUAAGUUAACUUGGAAAGUUGCAUUAGCUGUUUGUUUAGAGCUUGGAUAAAUGACCUGUAGGAGUUUAUGACAGUUUAAGCUGUUAUAAAUAUUUUGUAUCACAAGUUCGGGUUUUAAAGUAUAAAAUGUUGCAGUAUGUCAGGGAAACUGUUCUUUCGUACAUGGUUUAUGUGCUCUUUUAUGGCUUUGUGACAAUUGAAGAAGAUCCUAUGAUGAGGAAUGAGGGGAAAUACAGUUGAUACAGUGUUGCUGCUAGGAAACUGAAACAAUAUGCCAUGGCCUUUAUUCAUCCUAAAUGUGUCAUGAUGUUUAUAAAACAUUAUGUAGAGUCUAGUCUGUUCAGUGAAGACAUGCACAUUAAAAUUUGGACGUCCAUUUCUCAGUACUGGACAGUGAAUAAAUAUUUCUGUGACCCUGCUGUGUUUCCCAGGGGCUUUGUUAAAACGUUACUGGAAUGAUGAAUGAGGGAAGGCAAAAUUGUGAGAUAAUGUCAUACACAUGAUAACACAAUAAAGCAACAUCGAGUCCAACAUUUGUUUGACCAUGCCUGUUCUUAAAUCAUAUGAUCAAGUGCUACUCUAACUUCAUUGCCCAGUUUGGAAGUGGGGGAUUUUUUCAUGCCCCAUUUUGGUUCCUUGUUACAGUGCAUUACCAGUGUCUGUCUUCAGGUUCUGAUAUAAAUAGGCCUGUUUUGUGUAACUAUUUUGUUUUGAAUGUAUGAUAUUCCUUGUCAAAAAAGGAAGGCAUUAAUAAAGAUGGACACAAAAAGAGAAAUGUCCACUUUGUUUGUCGCACCCCACCUAACCUGUCGUGAUUCUGUUUCUCACUAGUGGUGCCCGUAGA